CGAAAAAUACGUGCAGAUCUUAACAACAAUGGCUCAACAGAUACCCAGCUACCCUCUCCAAUCAAUUGAGGUGAUCAACGAAAUAGGCAAGGUCAUCGACGAUGCCAGCGAGGAGCUACGCAAGCUGAAUCUCGAGAUCUUCAAUAACCCCGAGAUCGCCUUUCAAGAAGUCAAAGCAAGCAAGUUACUUUCCGACUGGCUCGAAAACCGCGGCUGGACCGUUCAGCGCGGUGUCUAUGGGAUCGAAACCGCUUUUGAAGCACGAUUCUCCGUCAAAGAGGGCGGUCGAACGGUCUGCUUCAACGCAGAAUAUGACGCCCUCCCCAACAUCGGCCACGCCUGCGGCCACAACCUCAUCGCAACCUCGGCCGUCGCUUCCGCUGUCGCCAUCGAACACAUGAUCAAAACGCACAACCUCCCCGGCACCGUCGUCGUAAUGGGUACCCCGGCGGAAGAAUCCCAAGGCGGGAAAUGGCUGAUGGCACAAAACGGCGCGUGGAAGGGCUUCGACUCCUGCGUCAUGACGCACGGCAUGCCAGAUUUCAGUACCCCGGUAUGCUGCACCAAGGCGUCAUGGAAACUGCGCGCCAAGUUCUAUGGUAAGACUGCGCAUGCGGCGGGGGGCCCGUGGACAGGAAUAAAUGCGUGCGAUGCGAUUGUGCAGGCGUAUAAUGGGAUUGCGUUGUUGAGACAGCAUAUUCAGAAAAGUGAGAGUAUUCAGGGGUGUAUUCUGGAGGCGGGAAAGGUGGCGAAUUUGAUCCCAGAUUAUGCGGAGGGUGUGUUUAGUGUUCGGGCUAAGACGGUUAAGGAGGUCGAGGCGUUGAGGGAGAGGGUUGAGGGGGUCUUUCAUGGCGCGGCGGCGGCGACGGGGUGUAGAGUUGAGAUGGAGUGGUUUGCACUAUACGAGGACGUCGUGACAAACGAUACUCUCGCAGAGCAAUACAGACAAUAUAUGCUACAGCAUCUAGGCUUACAACCGGAGCAGAUGGUGCCUCUAAAGGAAGCCAGAACAGUGCAUGACUCGUCAGGAAGCUCCGACUUCGGAAGCUGCUCGUACAUCUGCCCCGGCAUCCAGGCCUUCUUCGACAUCAAAGCUCCCGAUCUCCCACACUCCGUUGGUUUCCUCGAGAGCGCAAAGGGUGAUGUUGCGCAUACGGAGGCGCUUCGGGCUGGCAAGGCCAACGCACUCAUUACUCUGGAUGUUUUGACGAACGAUGAGUUUGCCCUGAAGAUGAAAGAUGAAUUUAGGGCGGCGAUGAAGGAAGCUGGGCGGUUGUCUGAGUGAUUUGGCUACAGCUGGAGAAAAUGGAUCUUUAGAAGACAACUAGGACAAUGUCACACGUCUC